CGCACCCAAAUGCCCUUGAAGCGUCCGGGCUGAAAACAGGUUUGUUGCUGGUGGAAUCAAAUGUGAGAGCAAAGAUGGCAAUCAUUUCCAAAACCCUAACGAGGCUCCGUCCUACUGGUGCUGGCCCCUUCUAUUCUAUUUCCAAUCAACUCCCUCGGCCAAAGCGUUGGCUUCCAUCUUCUUUCGUCUCCACCUCCGCUGCUGCUGCUGUCUCCUCUUUCUCAUCCCAAUCUCAUGAUAAAAAGGAAGGAUCAACAUGGUCAAGAUGGUUUCUUUUCCUUCCUGGGGCUAUCACUUUCGGACUUGGAACUUGGCAGAUUUUCAGAAGGCAAGACAAGAUAAAGAUGCUGGAGUACAAGCAGAAGAGAUUGCAAAUGGAACCUUUCAAACUAAAUGACAUGCCUCCUUCGAGUGAACACUUGGAAACUUUGGAGUUUAGGCUAGUUGUGUGCAAAGGAGUUUUUGAUGAUGGAAGGUCAAUCUAUGUUGGGCCCCGUUCUAGAAGCAUUUCUGGAGUGACUGAAAAUGGCUACUAUGUCAUUACACCCCUAAUGCCAGUCAUUGAUGAUGCUGAGAGUGUGCAGUCACCAGUUCUUGUAAAUAGAGGAUGGGUCCCACGCAGCUGGAGAGAUAAGUCUUUUGAAGUUCCACAAGAUAGGGAGAAAUCUUCAAGUAUGGAUGUUGUUCCUGUCCAACAGAAUGAAAAAAGCUGGUGGAGAAGGUUUUGGUCUAAGAAGCCAAAAGUUGUUGAGGUUGAUCAAGCCCCUGUUAUUACUUCUGUGGAAGUUAUUGGAGUUGUCCGAGGGAGUGAGAAGCCGAGCAUAUUUGUUCCAGCAAAUGAUCCAAAUUCAAGACAGUGGUUUUACGUUGAUGCUCCUGCAAUUGCUGUUGCUUGUGAGCUUCCAGAGGAUACUCUUUUAAUUGAAGAUGUCAAUGAAAAUGUUAAUCCAAGCAAUCCUUACCCUGUUCCGAAGGAUAUCAACAGCUUUAUUCGCAGUUCAGUUAUGCCGCAAGAUCAUCUAAAUUAUACAUUGACAUGGUAUUCUUUGUCUGCUGCAGUUACAUUUAUGGCUUUCAAGAGGCUUAAGCCAAAAAAGAGUAGGAGAUAGCAAGCAUUACUCUAAGAGGUUUGCAUAGAGGGCCUUGGACAAAUGAACAAGAAGAACACAAUUUGAGGCACAUUCUAUUUAGUUUUUAUUUUCAGAGUUGAGCUGAUUGCCCGUUAGAAUACUUUAUGAAAUGGGCGGAGUAGCAGAAAAUAUAGCGAGAAAAGCCAUUCUAAUAGCACCAUCCAGUUUCUGAUCUGCACAAAGAACAGAUGAGUUUUGCCACAUUUUGUUUUUAUAUUGAAUAAAAAUUUUAUGGUGCAUUUAAAGUUAGUUAUUUUUUCAAGUUUAAGUCUAGAAAACAAGGAAAGAAAGAAAUGAAAAGAGGUAGAGGAACAGGUAUAAUUGAUUUUUCAGUUUGAUAGAAUGUAUUUUGGCUUUUCAAGUCGUUUGAGGUUCACCACUAUUGAAAAUGUGUUGUUUAGCACAAAUGGAAUGUGUAGCUGCAAACUUGGUAGUAUUGGAUCAUGUAAACGUGUACAUGUAUCAUUAAACUGUAGACUUUUGGAUAAUUGUUUUUUUCUUAUUCAUACAUAUAAUCCGAAGUCCUUGGUGUUAACAAAUGAAACAUUUUAAAUUCAGUUUCAUUUCCACUUGUUGCAGCCUCUUUCUCUUCGCACGGUUUGUCCUAGGAACAAACUGAUUCUGCAAUUGUUUUUUAUGAUUUUCUUUUUUUUUAAGUUUUUAUAAAAUAAGGUAGACAUUCACAGGCAUAAAUCAGUUAGGUUUUAGUGGAGGAAUGAAUAGUAAUCCAUAUCUUGCAUCUUAUCAUUGUACAUUAAUGGGCUGGGCAUUGUAAGGGGAUAUUUUGAUAAGGAGAGAGUUGGAAA